AUGAAUGAAUUAGAAGAGCUGAAUAGGGUUGAGAGGAGCAUAGGAGAUCAGACAGGGGAUGAAUUUACCAUGCAAGAACUUCUCUACAGUUCCGAUUUGCCCUUAUUGCCGCCAUGGAAAUUUACCGAGCGAGAGCCACUUUCACCUAGCAAGCUCAUAUCCAAGAUGCUUCAUGGCAGCCCAAUGAAAGCCCGCAUGUCGAUGAGUUGCAGCAAUGGAGAGUUCGAUGGUCUCAGCAAUUACAGACCAGCGAUUGCACUGCCUGAGAAGGGGCUGACUGCUAAGAUGGAGAACAAGUAUACUCUCAGAAUUAAGACAUAUGGGAUUAAUGGAGUUGCAGAUGAUGGCUACAAGUGGAGGAAAUAUGGUCAGAAAUCUAUCAAAAAUAGCCCAAAUCCAAGGAGUUACUACAGGUGCACCAAUCCCAGAUGUAAUGCAAAAAGGCAAGUAGAGAGAUCAACUGAAGAUCCAGACAUGCUCAUAAUUACAUAUGAAGGACUUCACCUUCACUACACUUACUCCCACUUUCUCCAUUCCCAAGCCCAUGAUUUGUCUAUAACAAAGAAACCCAAGACAAACUCCGUAGAUGUGCAGCCUCGUCUCUUUGAUCAAGACCAACACCUACAAACAAUUGUUCUUCAGGAGCCACUGAUAAUUGGCCGGGAUGGACAGCAAGAUAAUAACCUUGUGGAAGUUGAAGGGUUUGGAAAAUCAGCCAUGGGAGAUGAAAUCAUGCAAGAAGAGACUCUUUAUAAUAAUAAUAAGAAUAAUCGUCAUUGUUCACAAGGUCUGUUGGAAGAUAUUGUGCCUUUGAUGGUGAGAAAGCCUAGCAGCCCAACAACAUCUUCAAAUGAGCCUUCCUACCCCUCUCAAGCUUCUUCACCCUCUUAUUCUUCCUCUCUAUGUUGGACUCCUGAAACUUUUCACUUUGCAGAGAGUGUACUUUCUAGCAUUGUGUAA